AUGGUGUUUGAACGGUUGGAGUCAUACGGACUCAAGGCAAACUUGGAUAAGUGUGAAUUUUUCCAAGACAGAAUUAGUUACUGUGGACACGAAAAAGAUGCACAAGGAUCGCACAAGUCUUCCGAGAAGCUCCGAGCGCAAAUCAAGGACAUGAUAUGCUCUGAAAAGGUACUGUGUCACUUUGAUCCGUCACUACGAAUGAAGGUAGCGUGCGAUGCAUCACCAUAUGGCAUUGAAUGUGUACUCACGCACGUGUGUCCCGACAACACAGAGAGACCAAUAGCGUUUGCGACGCAAACGUUAAACAAAGCCGAGAAAGGGUACUCCCAAAUAAACAAGGAAGCUUUGGCCUUGUAUUGGGGUGUUCGGAAGUUCAACACGUACCUGUACGGACAUAGGUUCACGCUUGUAACGGACCACAAGCCAUUACUCGGUAUAUUCAACCCGUCCAAAGCCCUACCCGUCAUGACAGCUGUAAGACUGCAGAGGUAUGCGGUGUUUUUGUCCAGUUACCAGUACGACAUUGAGUACAAAAGCUCCAAGAAGCAUUUGAAUGCUGACGCGCUCUUGCGGCUUCCACUGGCGGAAGUGGAUACGUUCGAAGGAGACAGUGACCCAGUUGACAUUUUCUAUACCACACAUUGGGAGGGCAUUCCAGUGUCGUGCCCGUUUAAAGGAGCGAUGUUUCUGAUAGUCGUGGAUGCCUAUUCGAAGUGGCCGGAAGUAUUCCAUAUGCAGAGUACGACUAGCACAGCCACAAUCAACCAAUUGAAAACCUUCUUUGCACGUCAGGGGAUUCCAGUUGAGCUUGUCUCGGACAAUAGUCCUCAAUUUCGUUCAGAAAAGUUCAAGCAGUUCACGACGGCUAACGCAAUUUGUCAUACGACGUCGGCGCAAUUUCAUCCGAGAACAAAUGGCCUGGCAGAGCGGUUUGUCCAAACGUUCAAACUGGGACAGACGGUGAUUACACUUAAUUAUCGUAUCGGUGGAAACAAGUGGGUGCACGGGCAGAUUCAUUCCCAGACAGGCCCACUAUCGUACAAGGUCGACGUCGAUGGUACUUUGUGGAGAAGACAUCUGGAUCAGUUAACAUCGGCGGACAUUAGUUCAGCAGCACCGCAGAACAGUACCAUCCCGGAAAUGUCAACUCCAGCGUUCAUCUCUGGUGGUAGUCGAAACGCUGGUAUGGGGGAGAGUGAGGCCAGUAAUAAGAAGGCGACUCCAGCAGUGAGCAGCCCGGAGAAGACUCCAGCAGUGAGCAGCCCGGAGAAAACUCUAACGAGUUUUAGAACACCACCAGUGACUGCAGUCCUGUGGCAGCAGUCCGUCGGAAUCCGGCGAGAAUCCGGAAGGCUCCAGAUCGGCUGA